GCUACGGGUGGUGACCGGAAACGGCUGCCUGAACCCAGCGGUCGCUUUAUAGUUGUUGCCUGGAGGAUCUUCAGGAUCAGUGUCCAGGGAUGUGGACCUGUUGGGGACCGCGGGAGGGUUUCUUGGCACUUCUGUGAUGGCCCUGGGCUAGACUCCAGACUGAAGGUGACAGGACUUGACCCCAGCUGUCUUGCAGCUCUGGGAAGAGCAGAGUCAGCAGCAAGAGAGCCUAAGGGCUAAGGAUCACUGAAGGCAUGCCAGCUAACCAGAGUUCUUCUGGGGACUUGGGGCGUUAUGACAGCCCCUCAGAGGGAUCCAUCUCCUUCAAGGAUGUGACCAUGGACUUCAGCAUCGAGGAGUGGCAGUGCUUGGACUCUUCCCAGAGGCGUCUGUACCGGGAGGUGACACUGGAGAACUAUGGCCACCUCCUUUCUCUGGGUUAUACCAGUCCCAAACCAGAGAUCGUCUGCAAGUUGGAGAAAGGAGAGGAGCCGUGGGUGUUGGAGGAGGAAGCCCCACAUCAGAGCUAUUCAGAUGAGAAAUUUGAGUUUAAGACAACCCAGAAAAUAAUUUCUGGAACAGCUACACUGCAUAGUGAAAUGGAGGGUAAAGAUACAAGAAGGAAUGAUGACUCAUUGCAUUCCAUCUUAAAAGAACUGUGGCAAGAUGCUGAACAGAUCAGAUAUCAGAAAGAACCGAACAAGCCUCUGAGCCCUGGUGUUUCUGUCAAUAAGAAAACUCUGACUCCAGGAUGGGUUGGUGAAAAUAGAAACAGAGGGAAAUGUGCUUACCCAAGCUCAAGUCCAGUUCCUUCACAGAAAAGACCCCAGCAACAAGACUCAUUUGGAAAGAAUGUCAGUUUUCACUUUCAUAUCCCCAAUAAAAAUAAUGCACCAGAAACCUUCGAUGACAUUCUUGGCUGUGACCAUGUUUUCACCCAGAAAUCAUCUCAUAUGAACCAUGAAAAUCCACACACACGAGUGAAAUUCCAUGGAAGUAAUCAAUAUGAAAAAAUCCUCAACCUCCCAAACACACUGAGUCCUAAUCUAACAUUUCCUGUUGGGAAGACAACAAAUACAUGUGACAAAUUCGGGAAGCUGUUCACCCAGAAGCCACGCCUCUUCGCACCUCAGCGAAUGCACACAACAGGAAAACCUCACGAACUUAGCAAAUGUGUUUUUACACAGAAGCCACUACUCAGUAUAUAUGUGAGAGUUCAUCAGAAUGAAAAGCUCUAUGUUUGCACUGAAUGUGGGAAAGCAUUCCUCCAGAAUUCAGACUUAACGACACAUGAGAAAAUUCAUACUCGAGAGAAGCCCUACAAAUGCAGUGAGUGUGAGAAAUCAUUUUUCCAGGUGUCCUCACUACUUAGGCAUCAGACAAUUCAUACUGGAGAAAAACUCUACGAAUGCAGUGAAUGUGGAAAAGGGUUCUCUCUGAAUUCAGCCCUCAACAUCCAUCAGAAAAUUCACACUGGUGAGCGACAGCACAAAUGCAGUGAGUGUGGGAAAGCUUUUACCCAAAAAUCAACACUCAGGAUGCAUCAGAGAAUUCACAGUGGAGAGAGAUCCUAUAUUUGCACUGCAUGUGGACAGGCCUUCAUCCAGAAAGCACACUUGAUCGCACAUCAAAGAAUUCAUACUGGUGAGAAGCCUUAUGAAUGCAGUGACUGUGGGAAGUCUUUCCCUUCUAAGUCACAACUCCAGAUGCAUAAGCGAAUUCACACAGGAGAGAAACCCUAUAUGUGCACUGAAUGUGGGAAGGCCUUCACCAAUAGGUCAAAUCUCAAUACUCAUCAGAAAUCUCAUACUGGAGAGAAGUCUUACAUAUGUGCUGAAUGUGGGAAGGCCUUCACUGACAGGUCAAAUUUCAAUAAACACCAGACAAUUCACACUGGAGAGAAACCAUACGUUUGUGCUGAUUGUGGGAGGGCCUUCAUCCACAAGUCAGAGUUAAUUACGCAUCAAAGAAUUCAUACCACAGAGAAGCCUUACAAGUGUUCUGACUGUGAAAAAUCCUUCUCCAAGAAACCACAUCUCAAAGUACAUCAGCGAAUCCACACAGGAGAAAAACCCUAUAUCUGUGCAGAAUGUGGAAAAGCCUUCACUGAUAGGUCAAAUUUCAAUAAGCACCAGACAAUUCAUACCGGAGAUAAGCCCUAUAAAUGCAGUGACUGUGGAAAGGGUUUCACUCAGAAAUCAGUUCUCAGUAUGCAUCGCAACAUUCACACAUGAAAAUAAGCUGGUUGUUUCUUGACAACAAGAAGGUCCUGUCAUAGGACUUAGGGCUCAGUAUAGAUUCUAAAACCCAUCCAAGUUAGAUUCUAGAUGAACACAGUGUCAUAGAAGAAACAUUUAUCAGGCUAUAUCACCUGACUGGCAUCACACUUAUUAGAAGGCAUAAUGUGACCAAUUUCCUUAUAGAAUGGAGUGUGCAAAAUUGUGUCAUUGGUAGACAUGUUUGCAACUACACUAAGUAAUUUAAAUUGCCGGCAAAAUGAUGUCCUUGAUGUGUAGACCUGUUCUUGGCUCCAUAGAGUGUUUGUGGCAGAGCUAAAUGCACAACCGUAGGAAGAGUAUAAUUGAAAUGGGUUUGUGGUCGUUGUUGUUUUAUGGAUGCGAUGUAACUGUGUCUAUCAGUUUUUCAUGUUAACUAUUUCUCCUUUCCUCAGCUGAAUCUAUAGUUUAAUUUUUAAGAUUUAUUUAUUUUUUUUUUUGGGGGGGGCAGGGGCAGGCCAGAGCAUGGCUUGGUUUUGCUUUAUGUUGGGGCCAGGAAUUGAAUCUGGAACCUUUGGGGCCUCAGGCAUACAAACCUAUGCUCUAGCAAGGUAAGCUAUCUCCUUGGCCCUGAACCCAUCACUUUCUUUUUAAUUGUUUUAUUCAUUCCCUUUUGUUGCCCCUGUUGGUUUAUUGUUGUGGUUAUUAUUGUUGUUGUUCUUGAUGUCGUCGUUGUUGGAUGGGACAGAGAGAAAUGGAGAGAGGAGGGGAAGACAGAGAAGGGGAGAGAGAAAGACAGACACCUGCAGACCUGCUUCACCACCUGUGAAGUGACUCCGCAGCAGGUGGGGAGCCGGGGGCUCAAACCGGGAUCCUUCCGCCGGUCCUUGAGCUUCACGCCAUAUGCACUUAACCCGCUGCACUACCACCCGGCUCCCUGAACCCAUCAUUUUGAAGUCAUUGUUGUUUUUUAUGUAUGUACUUCUGCACUAGUUUUACACAAACACGUGGGUAUAAUUCUAUCAUUCCUUUUGAUUUCAAUGAUGUUAUAUUCCUGGUUUCAAUAAUGUCAUGUUCCUUUUUCUUUUUCUUUUUUUUUUUUUUCUAUUUUUUCUUUGUGGCACAUUGCAAAAUAGCCACAGGUUCUCCACACUGUUUUGUGUAUACUCCUUUGCAGUCAUGUUACUCUGUUGUUUCUCUUGUUAAGAUGUAGAGUCAAGUCUCUGUUCUGACUCUAAGUUUGGCUUUGUAACUUCCUUUAGCCAAUGUACAUUAGCACAAAGGCUCUGGAAGAGGCUAUGGGAAGUAUGAAAAUCUUUCUAUGAAGCUGACCCUUUUCGUACUGUUCUUUGGGAUGCUAAGGUCUUCAGAUGAAAAGGAUCAGAUUACCCAGCUGAGAGAUGAGACACUAUCAUGGAGCAGAGGUGAGCCAUCCCAGCUGAGGCCCUUAGACCAACUCCACACAUAGGGUUGGGGCCCUCCUUAACUUCUGGCACUAGUCAAACUGGCCAGACAAGAAGAGCCAUAUCCGUUACCCCAGCCAGGGUAGAAUUGUGAGAUAAAUAAAAUGCUUAUCGUUUUAA